UUUCGUUUUCUUAGCUGGUUUCGAUCAAUAAUGUUGUCAAAAAUGGCAAAAUAUCCGGAAAACGAGAAAAAUGAUAGAACGGCAAAGGAACGAGGGGACCCGAGUAAGAAGAUGCACACAUUCUCUCCAGGAACCAUGUUUCUGGCUAAAACAACUGAUGAACUAAAAGCGAUUUUUGAUAUGCUGGGAAUGGAUGAACAAAUGAAGAAUGUUCUUCUUGAAAAUAGAAAGGACUAACUGAAGAAGAAGAAUUUCGAGAAGCUGGAGCAAUUUGUGAAAAAUAUCUCGAAUAGUGCACCGAACGACGACAGAGACGCCGAGUAUCUUACCACCUCUGAGCCUGAAACUGAUGAUGACACCGACUUGGAAAUCAAAACAAAACUUAUCGAGCCAGCAUUAGAGGUCGUCAAGCACGGCACUAUCAGUGAUCCGGAAACUGAAAUCCUUGGACCCGCAAAGAAGGAUGACGUCACGGCCCACGCAUCGAUGACGUCACUUGUCUGGAAAUUCGCAACCCUCAUAUUUAUUCCAAUUUUUCUUGCAAUUCUUCUGUAUUUUGUCCCAGUUGAUUUUUCGAAAUCUUCUAACCGUUUUUCCCAGAGCCGAGGUGCAAUUUGAUCUGAAUUUUAUGUUUUAAAAGAACAUUUCUUGAAUAAAGUACUUCUAGUUCCUU